CUAAGAAUCGUUACAAACAAUUUAUUUAAUCGUUUUUCCUGCACCGCAUUAUUGUUAUCGAAGGCGAAGUAAUUUAGUUUGCUAUUCGAAGAUAUUUAAAUUACCCCACUUGUAAAAGGUGUAGCACAACGACGUGCGGCGUAAUGCGAGGUUGUUAUCUCAAUUGCCUCGGCGCGCGGCUUCGAAAAGAGACCGUCUCUUUUUCAAAUCACAACCACUUUCCUUAUAUUAACUGAAAUAACCGACGUCAUUGCAUCUGUCAUAAAAUUAAAUUAUAAUAAAUUAUAACAAAUCGUUAUAUCUCAGAGUUUAAUUGACGCGUUAAAAUGUCGAAAGGAAAUUUUAAACAACGACUUUCCCGGAAAUUUAAACGCGAAGAAAUAGAUUUACCCGACGAAAAAGAUUUAAAAAAAGACCUCGAAAUCGAUGAUCACAUAAUCUCAUUGGACGAAUUAUGCGAAAGACACACCACCGAUCCGAUAAAUGGUUUGCAUUCGAUGGUCGCAGAAGAACGAUUAAGAAUCAACGGUCCAAAUUGUUUGGAAUUACCGAAGGGGAAAUCAAGUUGGGCGAUUUUAGCUGCAUACAUGUUUGGGGGUUUUUCAAUGUUGUUGUGGUUAGGAGCUUUUUUAAGUUUCGUAGGAUUUGUUGUAACGUACUUGAAGACUUAUGAAAUGGAGGAGGAGCACUUGUAUUUAGCCGGGUUGUUGAUUACCAUAAAUUUAGUGACGGGUUUUUUUGGAUUUUACCAAGAAUCAGCUAAUGCUAGUGUAAUGCUUGGUUUUCAACGAAUGAUGCCAAAAGCGGCUAGGGUAAUCAGAGAUGGUCAGUUGCAUGAAAUUCCGUGCGAAGAACUCGUUUUGGGCGAUUUGGUUUUUGUUGAGGCAGGAUCUUGCGUUCCCGCCGAUAUUAGAAUAAUCACUUCGAACGUUUUAAAAGUUGAUAAUUCCUCGAUUACUGGAGAAUCCGAGCCUCAACUUCGCACACCAGCCGCGACGGAUAAAAAUCCUUUGGAGACGUCUAAUUUGGCUUUUUAUAGCACGAACGUCGUUGAAGGUAGUGGAUAUGGGAUAAUAGUAGCUUGUGGGAAAGCUACUUUAAUGGGACACAUCGCUGGGUUAGCUUCGACUCUUGUGGCGCAAAUCACUCCGAUACAAAGAGAAAUCAAUUUUUUUAUUAAAAUAAUAACCUGUUUGGCUUUAUUAGCUGGGGGGUUAUGUUUCGUUUUGGCUCUCACUUUGGGUUAUGAUAUUUUUAUGGCUUUUGUGUUUUGUAUUUCGAUAAUAGUCGCGAAUGUCCCCGAGGGAUUAAUGGUGACAUUAACUGCUUCUUUGACUUUAACGGCGAAAAGAAUGGCGAGAAAGAAUUGUUUGGUUAAAAACCUCCAAGCGAUUGAAACUUUAGGCUCAACGAGCGUUAUUUGUUCGGAUAAAACUGGAACGUUGACUCAGAAUCGAAUGACGGUCUCUCACUUUUAUUACGAUGAUAAAAUCGUUGAUGUUCUUGAUGAAGAUUAUGCGUUUGAAGAUAGUGUUGCGUUGUUGAGGUUAUGUCGCGUUGGGAUUUUAUGCAGUAAGGCUACGUAUCAUAACGAAGAUUUGGAUUAUCCGAUUGAGGAGAGGAGGAUAAUCGGGGAUGCGAGUGAGAGUGGGGUUUUUAAAUGUAUGGAUGGGUUGUUCCAAAACGUGUUGGAUCAGCGCGAGGUUUCACCAAAAGUUGCAGAAAUCCCAUUUAACUCAACUAAUAAAUAUCAAGUUUCAAUUCACGACACAUUCCAAGGUUACGUCGUGGUGAUGAAAGGAGCUCCUGAAAGGAUCUUAUCACGCUGCUCAACGAUUGUGAUUCAAGGCCAAAACGUCGAUAUUGGACCAUAUCGAGCUCGCGUCGAUAAAGCGAUGUUGGACAUCGGAUAUAUGGGGGAAAGAGUUCUUGCAUUUGCAGAUUACGAACUUCCUCUUCAACAAUAUCCAAGAAGCUACAAAUUCGACACUCAAAAACAAAAUUUUCCUUUGGAAGGAUUAAGAUUUUGCGGAUUAAUGUCGCUAAUUGAUCCCCCAAAACUCGGGGUUCACGAGGCCGUUUUAAAAUGCAGAACAGCAGGUGUUAAAGUGGUUAUGUUAACCGGGGAUCACCCGGUUACCGCAACAGCCAUUGCAAAAAAAGUCGGAAUUAUCGGCCCUGAUAGCGUAACAGUUUAUGACAUAGCGAUGCAGCGUGGUAUUCCCCUAACUGCAUUAAAACCGGAAGAUCGAGAACGUUGCAACGCAAUCGUUGUUGCCGGACCGGAAUUAAGAGAAAUGGAGGAUUAUCAAAUCGAUGAGAUUAUUCAAACAUACAAAGAGAUCGUUUUCGCGAGGACGAGUCCUCAACAAAAACUUCAAAUAGUUGAGGCGUUUCAAAGAAAUAAUUUUAUAGUUGCAGUGACCGGAGAUGGAGUAAACGAUUCUCCAGCUUUAAAAAAAGCUAAUAUUGGAAUCUCGAUGGGAAUAUCCGGGUCGGAAGUAUCGAAAGAAGCGGCUGAUAUGAUUUUGUUAGACGAUAAUUUCGCAACGAUUGUCACGGGGAUUGAAGAGGGGCGAUUAAUUUUUGAUAACCUCAAAAAGACGAUUGGAUAUCUUUUAACUUCGAAUAUACCGGAAAUAUCGCCGUUUCUUAUGUACGUUUUUAUCAGUAUUCCUCAAGCGUUGAGUGUAAUGGCAAUUAUGGUUAUUGACGUUGGAACUGAUUUAUGGCCAGCAAUUAGUUUAGCUUAUGAAAAACCGGAAGCGGAUAUAAUGAGGCAUGCUCCAAGAGAUCCAAAUAAAGAUACUUUGGUUAAUUUGAAAUUAAUUUUAUUCACUUACGUUCAAAUCGGUGUUGUUCAAGCUUGCGCGAGUUUUUCGUGUUAUUUUUAUAUAAUGGAAAGUUAUGGAUUUUGUUUGGAUCGUCUUCUUGGGAUUCGCGUCGAAUGGGAGGAUAAAUACAACAAUGCCGUUACGGAUUGUUACGGACAAGAGUGGACUUAUUUCGAACGAAGAGUUUUAGAACGAAAAGGAUAUUCCGCGUACUUUAUGUCUUUCGUUUUAACCCAAGUUGCGGAUGUUAUAAUUUGCAAAACACGAAGAUUAUCAAUUUUUCGGCAAGGAAUGAGUAAUUGGGUUCUAAAUUUGGGUUGUAUUUUCGAAAUGGGAUUAGCUGCUUUUGUCGUUUUUUGCCCCUAUGUUAAUCACGCGUUAAGAUUCGAACCGAUCGUUUUGGAUUGUUUAUUACCGGUAAUUCCGUACUGCCUCUUUAUUAUUAUUUACGACGAAAUAAGGAGGUUAAUUAUUAGAAGGAGACCCGGUGGUUGGAUUGAAAGAGAGACUUAUUUCUAA